AGCGUGCAUACACAACAUAUCACGUGACACCCCAACGCUGUUCCUGUGUGAGUGACUUUCGCCAGCGGGUGCGCUUUUCCCAGCUAUUUUGACCCGACUGAACAAGACAAGACAGCCCCUCGUUGAAGAUUAUCAGGGAAGGGAUUUAUUCAGUAGAUGUUUGGACUUCUACACACACGUUGUAGUGCGCGAUUCAUCCGCUCCACACUUCCACAAAGUGAGCCGACAGAUACCGUGACGUUUGCGGUUUCAUUGUGAUGUCAGCCGGUAAAAUGUCCAUGUUCAGCACGGGCAUCCUUGUGCUGACGUCCCCUCUCCAAACCCUCCCCCUGCGCAUCGCCCCGGUGCUCAGCUCGGCCGCUCAGCUCGUCGAGCGCACGCUCUACGUCCACCUCCACCCGGGGCUUAACCUGGGAAACGGGAGCCAGCCUCGGGCAGUCUUCAUUCCGCCGGCGGUGGACCUGUCCACCAUCAUUUCCCGCCUUUACAGCAACGCCGCCGACGUGUGCGGCCACCUGGACGUUCGUGUUCUGCUGACAAACGUCCGCGCUCAGCCGGCCCCGUGCGGCGGGACCGCGGCCCCCAACUGCUGCCCCUUCCCCACGCCGCAAUCUCUGUCUCACUCCCCGGAGGUGGUGCUGACAGACUUCCCCCUGCAGGACCCGGGUCAGUCCCGUCAGGUCACGCAGUGUCUGCAGAGCUACACGGGCCACUGCUACGUCUGCAGCCCGGGCCUGCCCUCCGUGCUGCUCCACCCGCAGCUCGCAGAGCUGCAGGAGAACGAGGACGGGCCACAAGAGCCGGAAGAAAAGGCAGAGGUCCUGCAGACCUACAGUGACGUGGUGGUGGGGGGCACGUUUGACCGUCUCCACGGGGCCCACCGGACGCUGCUCAACAUCUCCUGCCUGCUGGCCAGCAGGAGGUUCCUCGUGUGUGUGUGUGACCGAGCGAUGCUUAAAAAGAAAGUGCUGAGGGAGCUGGUGGAGCCGUACGCUCUGCGGGCCCAGAGAGUACAGGAGUUCCUGCAGGACAUCAAACCCUCACUGCAGGUGAAGAUCAUGCCCCUUGAAGACCCCUAUGGAGUUUCUGUGGUGGACCCCUUGCUGCAGUGCAUCGUGGUCAGCGAGGAGACCAGAAGGGGAGGCGAGGCCGUCAACAAGAAACGCAUUGAGAACGGUUUUCCUCCGCUCGUCCUCCACGAAAUCCAGUUGCUUAAAGAUGCCCACCACUCGGAGACUGAAGAGGAGAAGAUCAGCUCCUCCAGUCUACGAUCUCGACUCCUAGGCACCCUCCUCACCCCACCUAAAGACACGUCCCACCUCGCUCCGCGCCCGUACGUCAUCGGCCUGACCGGAGGCAGCGGCAGCGGGAAGAGCUCCAUCGCCCGGCAGAUGGAGGCUUUGGGUGCCGUCCGGAUCGACUGUGACAAGCUGGGCCAUGAGGUGUACCAGGCGGGCACCGGCGCCUAUCACAGAGUGCUGGAGGAAUUUGGGUCGGAUCUUCUGAACGAAGAUAAAACCAUCAACAGACGUGCUUUAGGAGGAAAGGUUUUUGGAAACCAGCAGGAGCGGUUAAAAGCCCUAACAGACAUUGUGUGGCCUGAGAUCGCACUUCUGGUGGAGAAAAGAAUCAGCCGAGCCAGAGAGGAAGGCGAGCAGGUGUGCGUGUUGGAUGCGGCCGUUCUCCAGGAGGCCGGCUGGGCGCGCAUGGUGCACGAGGUCUGGGUCACUGUCAUCCCUGAGGAGGAGGCGGUGGUAAGGAUAUCGGAGCGAGACGGUUUGACCACAGAAGAUGCCCUGCGCCGUCUGCGGAGCCAGUGGUCCAACGGCGAGCAAGUGGCGCAUGCCAACGUGGUCCUGAGCACGCUGUGGGAGCCAGAGGUCACGCGGAAACAGGUACUAAAAGCUUGGAAUCUCCUUCAAAAGAGGAUACAGCCGAAACCAGAGGGACACGUGUCCACGUCGUCUCGGCAGUGAGCCGUGCACACAAGUGACUGAUCCGCAGUAAGAGACCUUUGUGCCGGUGCAGCCCGACGGCCGUUCUGGCUUCGUGUACAAAGACCCGGUGCCUGAAUGAGUUUCCACAGGUUUUUAAAACUAGUUUUAUGUUCACGUGCUUAGUUCAAACUAAUGGAUUAAGGAAAAUUGGAGAUUGUGAUAAUCUAUCCCCAACAAAAAUGUUGAAAGCUCAAAUUCAUGAGUGGGAUUAAAUUUAGUCAAAUCAUUAGAAUGGAAAGUUUGUUUUUCUAUGAAUGGCAUGCUUUUUUAAAAUAAAGACCUCUACAAAGUCUUAUAUUGUGGGUAGAUUGUGCUCUUGAAGUAUAAUUAACAUGAAUGUACCAUAAACAAAUUAAAUUGUAAGAGCAAAAAAGGUACCAUAACCUUAACUGUACUAGUUGUUACUGUUAAAUCAUAAGAUUGCAUUGUCGUUUUGGGGUUGGAGAAUAUCGUAACAAAUUCAGUGUAAUUAUUUUGUGAGAAAUUGUAAAUUACUAAACAUGCUACAUUAUAUUUAUGUGAAGAUUAGAAUAUUUUGUAAUCAGUUUUCACAUGGCAGUACACUUUGUGCGGAAUAAUGAGAGCAAAACUGUACAUUGACUAAUUAAAGAAUGUAUUAAGCUGCAGUGAAAUAUUUCUUUUCGGACUUUAAAAUCAAUAAAUGUGUGUUGUAAUCUUG